AUGAGUACUACCAACAGUGCAUCUCCUAUUAGAUCUUCUGCCUCUGUGAGAAGAGGCCCUACCCUUCGAGGCGGUCGAUUCAGGCCUGCAAUCGGAAGAAGCAUGCGUCGGGUGCCACAACAAGGUGCUACUGACGAAGAGGAAAAGAUUGGCUUGACAAACACCAGCAGUGAUGAGGAUGAGGACGAUGACAAGUAUCAGUUUCAUACCGUGGAAGAUGUCAGUUUGACAGAUAGCAGUGAAAAGGUCGAGACAGAUGAGUACGGCAAGCCAACGUACCAUCAUGGCGAAGAGACUUUUGGUGAUUUGAUAACGCAUCCGGUUCAGGAACUUCAUGCUCAUCAAAAACGCAAAGAAAGCUUCAAAUCAAGAACAUCCAGAUGGUCAGCACUUCAUUCUCCAGGUAGUGGACAAGGAGGCAGAACAGCAGUAGGAGGAGGAGGAGGAGGAGGAGGGACAGGAGUAGCCGAGCAUCAACAUCAGCAACCAUACUCAAAUAGUGCCCCUUCAGAAAUCAUUCAAUAUUCUAUUGUGCUACAUUUCAGACAACUGCGUGGUAACCAAGGCUUUGUUUUGGAUCAUGACGCAGCCACAGACUUUUGUGAAAGACUUAAUUUUACUCAGCAAGAACGAAUCGCAUUCAAUGGCAUUCAUGACACUGAUGGACUAACCGAGUUUUUGUACAAAAUCAAGCGCGAGUUUUCCAUCAAAAUCCAUCACAAAGUAGCACACAAUGAACACCAUUCACACCAGCACCACCCCGAGCAUCACACCAUUGAAUUUAAUGAAAAUGUGUACAUUGAGUUCAAGCCAAAAAACAACCAUCAUGACGUGCUCUUGCCAGCUGGAGCCACUCGUCGUCCAUUCUUUCAGCAUCCAGAACCAGAUCUUAGUGCUGACAUUGGAGAGGAAAAAGCAGCCUCUUGGCUUGAACUGUUUUAUGAUUUAUUCUUUGUGGCCACUUUGACACAAUUUACACACAGCCAUCAUAUCACAGAUUGGGCAUCUUUGGGCCUGUAUACACAGUGGUUUAUCAUUACCUGGUGGGCUUGGUGUGCUAGUUCAUUAUACACUUCCAGAUUUGAUACCGAUGAUGUUGUGCAUCACAUUUACAAGUUGAUAGAAAUGUGCGCAGUCAUUGGCAUGGCAGGUUCGUCCGAGUAUUUCUUGAAUUCGUCAGGCUAUGUCUAUGGGUAUAUAGCAUUAAAGGGUGUCUUGGCUGUGGAAUACUUUGUCGUGUUUGUGGUUGCAAUUCUAGCUAAAUCAAAAUCCCGCAUUGCCUUGGCAUUCUAUGUUGGAGCUAACCUGCUCUCUAUUGCUCUAUGGGCCUCCUCACUCACUAUUCUAGAAAAGGGAACACAUCGUAUUCUUUGGUAUUUGGGUGUUUUGUCUGAAGUCUUGGUCAACAUCAUUGUUCGUGGCGAUAAAACAUUGUCGUGGGCUGCUAGUCAUUUGGCUGAAAGACUCGGUUUACUGUCCCUGAUUGUGUUGGGAGAGAAUUUGAUGGGACUUGUUACUUUGGUAUCUGUAGCUGGCAACUAUCUGAUUAUUGUUGUGCCCAAUUUCAUGGCUGUAUUCAUCAUUUUCGGGUUCUUUUUCAUGUAUUUUGAAGAUUUCAACAAGGAGAUCUUUUUGCACAACAAAUACCAUCAAAUUUGGGUAUAUCUUCACUUUCCUCUUCAUUUAUGUCAAGUUGCAUUUGGUAUCUCGCUCAUCGAUAUCCUCAAGAUUUACAGACAUCAAUUGACCAGAGACCAUAAGUUACCUGAAGAAGCAGCAGUAUCUGAAGGAGAGCAUGGCGCGACAGCUUCUGGUGGAGAGCACGGCGCUACAGCUGCUAGCGGAGACCAUGGUACUGCUACAACAUCAGGUGAGGGCAGUAGCACUUCUGAACAUCCAGCAUCUGCCUCUUCUGGUACAGAGCAAGGAGCUUCAGGCGCCGAACAUGGAAGCACUGAAAGCACAUCCACUGAGACAGCCCCAUCAGCUCAUGAAUCCGCUCCUGUAUCUCAUGGCACGACUACAGAAACAGCACACAGUAAAGCCAAACGAGCCAUUCUCAUGGUUAGCAACGACUAUGUUCAUCAAGACAGCGCUGACUAUAAUCCUAUGAAACUGGCACAGCAAAUAAGAGAGCAACAAGAAGUACAGCAACAAAGCAGCAACCACUGGCCCGAUGCUACAGGACACUGGACUACGUGGUGUAAAUACAUGGCAGCAUCCCUGGUUGCAGGCACAUUGCAAAUGAUUUCAUCAUCUCCAGAUCAUCAUGAAAGUAUACACAGUAGUGGCCAUCAUUUAAUGCGUAGAUCAGAGCCUACAGCUGCUGGUGCUGAAGGGUCCUUUACAGAUACUAUUACUGUGGCUGAAAAUGUGUUUGUCUACAAGACAUUUCUUAUCUUUGCCGGUCUUAUUUUGGUCAUCAACUCGUUGAUUAAAGCACUCAAUACAAAAAUUUCAGAUUUGUAUGGCAAAAUCAUCAUUGGAUCAAGAAUCAUUAAUGCUAUUGUGCUUUGGUCAAUGUGCGCGUUACCCUUUGCUAAAUUAGAUGCUAUCGUGCUAUUGUGCACAAUGGUUGGCUCAUUGGUUUUCCAAGCUCUAGUGGAUCUACUUGAUUAA